CAUCAGAAUGGGGUUGCAAAGCGAGCUAUUGAUGGAGCCUCACCGGGGGAUACGCGAUUUCGGGCGCCGGACUACUCGCCUCUAGUUGGUAUAAAGUUGAGCUUUUGUCCGUCUUCACUGGUACUGAUUUCCCGGGUCUGCUCAUCAUCCAUUCAUUUUCUGGUCUUCACUCAAUCUUUUUGUUCUUUCGUUUCCAAAGUGCCGUGCACUCUUCAUUCGCUCAUCCGCCUGGUGCAAAUUUCAAUCCUUCUCACAAAAGAAACGAUCAAACUUUCUCGCCUCACGGUCCAAUAUAUACCACAUACCGCCAAGAUGCAGUUCACUACCUCUGUCCUCAGCAUCAUCGCCCUGGCCGUCUCGGUCAGCGCCCACGGCCGUUUGGUCCAGCCCCAGGCUAUCAAGAACACUACCCCCUUUGAGAACAUCCGCGUCCCCGCCAACGGCUGCGGCCAGGGCGUCAGUGUGGACGGCCCCGUCCAGGCCACCUUCAAGGCUGGCUCGACCGGCCUGCUGACCUGGUUGCUGGUCAACGGCGACGGUGGCGGUCCUAUGGCUGUUUCUUUCGACACCACCGGCAAGGGUACCUCGUUCACCACCAAGGCCGUGGUCACCAAGAACGUCGAGGGUGUCAACGGUGGUGUUUCCAACGCCGUCGCCCGCGGUAACAAGCCCGUCGAGUUCCAGGUGCCCAACGUCAAGUGCACACGCUGCGUGCUGCAAAUCCGCCAGGACCUCCAGGGUGGCAAGGAUGGCUUUGGCUCGUGCGCCGUCGUCUCCAUCGAGUAA